AUGCCUGGCAGGACUGCCUCCCCCGAGCCAACUCACGAUAUCAUGAGCAAGGAGGAGGAAACUACUCUUGAACAAAUAAGAGAGCGUCGCCACCAACUCAUCCAGCCACUUUGGGAGAAAUAUGAACAGGGCCACUACAACGUCAUCCCUGAUGACCAGCCGGAAUCAACAAUUGAGCUCAUCAAAUCGUCAGAUCUCCGAGUUGAGCGCCGUGGAGAUUUAUCUAAAGGGCAGCUUUCGUCCAUUCAUGUUGCUCACAACGGUGCCAAGGACUUUCCUGGCGUGAACUUCAUUGGCUUCGAGCCCACACAACAGUGCCUGGCAUUCAGAGGCGAAGCAAGACAUUUGGACUCGUUUAUAGACUUCUCCAACGCAAUGGUCAAAGGAGAGCGAGUCCAGUUCGUCUUCAAGGCACCCGCUGCAGCCGUCAUCCCCAAGGCUGGGUUCAGAAAAAAUCUCGACUACGACGAGUUCGCCGGCCAAGUCGAAAUUGUCGAAUAUGCUAUGUGGCUUAGGCCACCCAGCCCUGAAGACGAGGCAUCCUCAUAUCCUCCGGAUGACUUGGUUAUGUUGAGCCCAGACGAAGAUGACUUGUUUGAACACACUGAACCAGCCUCGAGCGCUGCGACUGGUGACGAGCAAGGAAACACACUGCCCAUGGAUGUCGACGACCAGAGCCCAGAGCCUCUCGUUCCAAAUUCCAAAAGAUACUCCACAGAUAGUACUCUAUCCGAUAUCCCCGAGGAACAGGAAGAGAUCUCUUUUGAUGACCCUCAGCAAGGCAACGCUGUCAACAUCGCGGAUCAAGAUGAUGAAAUGAUGGAUGGGAAUGCACUCCAGGUCGGAGCUUGCACAGACUGCGAUGCUAAAGAAGCUGAUAAGUUAGCUUCACAACUCGAGGCCGAUGCAGCUUUGGCCGCAUCCCUCUCGCAGUCACUUACAAAUACUACUCGUUAUACUUUGCGCAAACGGAGCAAUACCCAGGCACCUGAGGAGGCUGUCAAUCCGACAAAGAGCAGCGGUAGCAAAACUGCUGAAGCCAGCAAAGAAAACGGGAAAACUUUCCGAGCUACUAGCACAGCUAAACAGCCGGCAAAAAAGACAAACAAGAAGGCCAGCACUGGUCAACAAACGAGGAAGAAGCCGCGACAUCAGUAA